UUUUUUAAAUACAAUGGGAAACACAACAACAAAAUUAAAUAGAAAAUUUGACGAAUGGCUUAAAAAAGCCUACUAUUAUGUAUUCAAAGAGGAGGAUCUGAGUGAAAUUUCGGAUGAAGUGCUAUCUUAAGACGAAAUAAAUGAAAAUGCUAUUGAAUUAUAAUAAAAUAAAGAGCCAUAAAAUUAAUAAGAAUAAGAACCAGAUCAUGAAAUAGAAGAAAAUGUAAGUACUAAUUCAUACUAAAUGGAAUCUAUAAUUUGUACAUCGAUAACAAAAGAAGAAUUAUUGCAAGAUAAAAGAAAGGCUUCUACUUUGCUCCUAUCAGAAUUUGAACCAAAAAGAGUAUGUAUAAAUAAAGAAGUCAUGACAGAUUGAUAAACCAC